AAAAAAAAUCAAAACCCUUCCAUAUCUUGAGAAACAUUAUACUGUUAGUGUGACAAAAUGGGAGAGGACGUGUCCACUGAAAUGAACCAUUUUCCUGGGGAAAGAAAGAAAAUCAAGAUUCAUAUCAAUGGAAAUCUCAUAAUGUUGAAAGUGUCAUUAUUUUUUCUAUACGGAGCUACCUCUUCUCUGAUGCCCUAUCUAACCAUCCAUAUGCAAAGUAUAGGAAUAAAAAUGGAAGAAAUAGCACUUAUUUAUUUGGCUCUCCCUUUCACAACUUUCCUGGCUCCUCCAGUAACAGGGUAUUUAGUUGAUAAAUUCGGAAAAUACAAAUCGGUAGUUAUAGUAUCAUUCAUGGCUACCGCAUUUCUUCAUCACUCCUUGCUACUCAUACCACAUCAAGAAACACCUGGUUCUGUUCCUUCAGGUUACGUUAUAACGCAUCCGAAAAAACUGUAUGUCGAAGUUUGGUGGAGUCCAUGUCCUAGCAGGGAGUGUCCAGCUGAAGAAGAACUAGACGUGGUGUUAGAUAUGUGCGUUGACCACUGCCUCCUCAAAAAGAAGAAGAAAAAGAAUGAAACUUUACCAGUUAAUCUUGAUACAGACACAGACGAUCUCACUUUUCACUUGGGUAAGAAAAACAGCAAAGGGACUCUCAAAAAGAAUGGUACUGUAGCACAGUUUACUUUGGACAUGCAUGACAACCUUGGAGAUCCAAUAGAACAAUUCGGUAUGUAUUUGGAUUCUUCAGAAGACGACAAAGUGAUGGAACUCAAGAAAAGAUUCACACCAAACUUGUUGAGGAGGUUUGGAGUCAACGUACCGGAACUGGACGAGAGAGAUUUGAGAUGUGGAGGGGUGGUGUUAUCGGCAAAUGUCAGUACGCAAGUCAGGCUCAAGAAUUACUCCAAUGAUUGCAUAUUGCAAAAAUGUAACUUCAGAUCCGGUGGACCAGAUAUAUGUCCCCCAGAAUUCAACAAAAGUGAACCCAAUAUUUUUUGGAUUUACUUCAUACUUAGAUUUUUAGCCAAUACCAUGAUGACAGCUGGUGUCACUAUAAUGGAUCCUAUAGCUUUGAACAUGAUCGAAAGGUAUGGUGGAGAUUUUGGAAAGGAGAAACUAUUCUCCAGUUUGGGAAUGGCUUUGUUCUCUCCAAUCACUGGAAUACUAAUUGAUAUAAACAGUGAGAGACUUGGAUAUACAGAUUACUCUCCUGCGUUCUACGCACACGAUGCUCUACUCAUGAUUUCUGCAAUGGCAGUUUACAUGAUGCCUCUAGGUGACCAGCUGCCUGCAGAUAACGUCUUCAAGAACCUUAGAUAUGUUUUGACAAUACCAUCAAUAGCUGUGUUCAUUACAGCUCUUUGCAUCUUAGGAAACCUAUGGGGGUUCAUUGAAAGUUUCCUCUUCUUCUAUCUCAGAGAUCUUGGUGCUCCAAAUUACCUCUUAGGAAUAACUGUUACGGUUGGCACCUUGAGCAGUUUGCCAUUUUUGUAUGGUGCAAAUGAGAUCACGAAAACUGUUGGACACAUAAAUAUAAUCAUUGUCGCAUUUUUCGCACACGCUUUGAGACUGGUAGGAUACUCAAUAAUCGAGAGUGCAUGGUGGUGUUUUCCAUUCGAAGCCUUAGAAUCCAUAUCAGUACACUUAAUGUGGGUAGCAGCAGCAACAUAUUGUGCCAUAAUUGCUCCAAAAAACCUCCUGGCAACUUUGAUAGGAAUCCUUGGUAUGGCUCACUUCAGUAUAGGAAGAGGAAGUGGAAGCUUUGUUGGAGGUUACAUUAUAGGAAAAGUUGGAAUUCGCCAAGCGUUCAAACUGAUGGGAAUCAUGUCUGUUUUUUGCGGAAUGCUUUACAUAGUCAUCCACUACGUAUGUUUAGCCAAAGUGGACUUUGACACAGACAGAGAAGAAGAGGAAAAAUAUGGAGAAAUGUGUAAGGUUAAUGUUGAACCUCCAGAACCGAAAUUCAAAGACCAAGCCACCAUGGUUAGUCAUGAAAGGCUAAGUUUGAUGAUAGAAUACAACCAGAUUGGAUCCGUGUCUUCUCUAGGCAAAAGCAGGGAGUACUCCAUUGGCUUCGAAAAGAACAGUUUCCGCAGAGGAAGCUACAACAUUGACACCAGGGCACGUGGCAGUGCUUCGAAGGUAGAUCUAUUACGGUCCGCAGUUGAGGUCAACUUUAAAAAGACAUCCAGUAAAAAUUUAAGCCGUCCGACAGUUAUUACUAAUAGUACCAAGGUAAUUCCAGAGGGACUUCCAAUGCCAAUGCCUGAAGAGAGUGCUGAAUUUUAUUACAAUAUAAUGAAGACACCAUCGAUUAUCAUAAACCAAGAUAUGGCCAAAAGCUGAUAUUUAAUUUCAAAAACACACCAAAUUGAUAUUAAAUAACUAAAUAUUCAAAAUCACAUUUGGGAUAAUAAUUCUGUUAGCUAUAGGUUGUUUAUCAAAUAAAAAUGACAAAUUACU